UUGCAGGUCGGAGAACUCAUUCACUCUUCGGGAGCAGGCACACUCAUCUUAGAAGGCAACAUAACUGAACUCAAGAGUUUAGCGACAGGAGUACAAAAUGCCAGCAACAGAGAAAGACCUGGCUGAAGAUGCGCCGUGGAAGAAAAUCCAGCAAAACACCUUUACUCGCUGGUGUAACGAACACCUGAAGUGCGUGAACAAACGGAUAGCUGAUCUACAGCUAGACCUGAGCGAUGGUUUAAGACUUAUCGCCUUGCUGGAGGUUCUUAGCCAAAAGAAAAUGUACAGAAAAUACCACUCAAGGCCCACCUUUCGACAGAUGAAACUGGAGAAUGUAUCAGUUGCGCUUGAAUUUUUGGAUCGCGAGAACAUUCGCCUUGUUUCAAUAGACAGCAAAGCCAUUGUGGAUGGAAACCUGAAGCUGAUCCUGGGCCUGGUAUGGACACUCAUCCUGCACUAUUCCAUCUCCAUGCCUGUGUGGGAGGACGGAGAGGAGGUGGACGCAAAGAAGGCCACCCCCAAGCAGCGGCUGCUGGGUUGGAUUCAGAACAAAGUGCCAGACCUGCCCAUCACCAACUUCAGCGAAGACUGGAGAGACGGCCGGGCCUUAGGAGCUCUGGUGGACAGCUGUGCACCAGGCUUGUGUCCUGACUGGGAGACCUGGGAUGCCGUGAAACCAGUAGAAAAUGCCACAGAAGCCAUGCAACUGGCUGAUAACUGGCUUGGAGUCCCACAGGUGAUUGCACCUGAAGAGAUCAUUGACCCAAGUGUGGAUGAGCAGUCCGUUAUGACAUACUUGUCACAGUUCCCCAAAGCCAAACUGAAACCUGGUGCCCCCCUUAAACCCAAGCUGAAUCCCAAAAAGGCCCGGGCUUAUGGCUCAGGCAUUGAGCCAGUGGGCAACAGGGUGAUGUGCCCAGCUGUGUUCACAGUGGACACCUUCAGUGCUGGACAGGGGCAGGUCACUGUCUACAUUGAGGACCCUGAUGGCAGAAGGGAGGAGGUGAAAGCUGUGCCCAAUGAGGGAAAAAAGACUUACAGUGUGACAUAUGUUCCUCAAGUGAUGGGACCUCACAAGGUGACUGUGCUGUUUGCUGGCCAGGAAAUUCCAAAGAGUCCCUUUGAGGUGAAUGUAGACAAAGCUCAGGGAGACCCCUCCAAGGUUAUAGCCAAAGGCCCAGGCUUGGAGCCCUUCGGCAACAUUGCAAACAAACCCACCUACUUUGACAUCUACACAGCAGGAGCUGGUGUGGGUGAUGUGACUGCAGUGAUUAAAGACCCCCAGGGCAAUAAGAACACACUGGAGGCUCUCAUGGAGGACAAGGGUGACGGUGUGUUCUGCUGUACCUACAAACCUGUCCAGGCUGGAGCCCACACCAUCAACAUCACAUUUGGGGGCACCCCCAUUCCUAAGAGCCCCUACACCAUCACAGUUGGCCCAGCAUCUGCUCCUGGUGCUUGCCAUGCGACUGGCAGAGGCCUGCAGCCCAGAGGAGUGCGCGUGCAUCAGGUGGCCAAUUUCAAAGUGGACACCCAGAGCGCAGGAAGUGGCAAACUAAAGGUCAUAGUCAAAGGUCCCAGCAUGGAGGAGCCAGUGAAGCUGAAGGAGUCGAUGGAUGGCAUGUAUGCCUAUGAGUACUACCCUAAAAUGCACGGCAAGCACACUGUAGUCAUCACAUGGGAUGGCCAGCAUAUUCCCAAGAGUCCCUUUGAGGUUCUUGUUGGCCCAGAGGCAGGGCCACAGAAGGUCCAAGCAUGGGGCCCAGGAUUGGAGGGCGGAAUCGUGGGCAAGUCUGCUGACUUUGUGGCUGAGUCUAUCGGCACGGAUGUUGGAGUGCUUGGCUUUGCCAUUGAGGGCCCAUCACAGGCCCGGAUUGAGUGUGUGGACCAGAAUGACGGCUCUUGUGAUGUAAAGUACUGGCCUACAGAGCCCGGGGAAUAUGCCGUACACAUCAUGUGCGAUGACGAGGACAUCGAGGAUAGUCCGUUCAUGUCCUACAUUGUCCCAGACAACAAAGCCAGCAAUCCCAACGAGGUUAAAGCCUAUGGACCAGGUCUGGAGAAGACUGGAUGUGUUAUCAACAAGCCCACUCAGUUCACAGUCGAGGCUAAAGAUGCAGGAAAUGGUCCCAUGAAAAUCAUUGCACAGAAUGCUGACGGUGUGCCCAUUGACGUGAAGGUGAAGAGUAAAGGUGACAAUGUCUAUGCCUGCUCCUAUACCCCCACCUCAGCUGUCAAGCACACGGUGGCAGUGACCUGGGCAGGGGUCAGCAUUCCCAACAGCCCUUUCAGGGUUCAUGUUGGAAAGGGAAGUCACCCUCACAAAGUGAAAGUUUUUGGGCCUGGAGUGGAAAGGACUGGCCUAAAAGCUCAUGAGCCCACACACUUUACUGUGGAUUGCACAGAAGCUGGAGAAGGUGAUGUCAGUGUUGGUAUCAAGUGUGAAGCGAAUGUCAUCAGUGAUAAGGAAGAGGAUGUUGAUUUUGACAUCAUUCCUAAUUCAAAUGAUACCAUCACUGUCAAGUACGUCCCACCAGGAGCUGGAUUCCUCACCAUCAAAGUCCUUUUCACAGAUAAAGAAAUUCCUGUCAGCCCUUUCCGUGUCAAAGUGGACCCUUCACAUGACUCAUCCAAAGUUGAAGCUGAGGGGCCAGGGCUUGCUCGAGCAGGUGUGGAGAGUGGAAAACCCACUCAUUUUACAGUUCAUACCAAAGGAGCAGGCAAAGCCCCUCUGGAUGUGCAGUUCUCUGGCACUGCCAAAGGGCAGCCUGUACAAGACUUUGAGAUCAUUGACAAUUAUGACUAUUCCUACACUGUAAAAUACACACCCAUCCAACAGGGAGAGAUGGUGAUAACUGUGAACUUUGGAGGUGACCUCAUCUCUAAAAGCCCCUUUGCUGUGGGAGUGGUGGCCCCACUGGACCUCAGCAGGGUCAGAGUCGAUGGACUGGAGAACAGAGUGGAAGUUGGACAGGAUCAGGAAUUUAUGGUUUGUAUGAAUGGAGCAGGUGGCCAGGGGAAGAUGGAAGCACGGAUCACCAGCCCAUCGGGCAAGUCUCUGCCUUGUGUGGUGGAGCAAAGGCUGGGCAAAGGCGUCAGCCUGGUCAAAUACAUUCCCAAUGAGGAAGGUGCCUAUACUGUGGAUGUCCUCUAUGAUGGCCACCCAGUGCUGGGGUGCCCCUUCUCUGUUGAUGCCACAUUGCCCCCAGAUCCCAGCAAGGUAAAAGCUUUUGGUCCAGGAUUGAAAGGAGGUCUGGUGGGCAGCUCUGCUGAGUUCACCAUUGACACUAAAGGAGCAGGCACAGGCGGCCUCGGCCUCACUGUGGAGGGUCCCACUGAGGCCAAAAUAGAGUGUUCGGACAAUGGUGAUGGAACUUGCUCUGUAUCCUACUUGCCCACUGAGCCAGGCGAGUACCUGGUCAACAUCCUCUUUGAGGACAUCCACGUCCCUGGUUCACCCUUCUGUGCCAAUAUCCAGUACCCAUUUGACCCCAUUAAGGUGGUGGCAUCGGGCUCAGGCCUCAAGCGUGGCAAAGUUGGUGAGGUUAGCGUUGUGCAUGUGGACUGUGCCAAGGCUGGUCCAGGGCAGCUAUCCUGGGAGGCUGUGUCCGAGACAGGCUCCAAGGCCAAGACGGAGGUCCUGGACAAUGAGGAUGGUACAUACACGGUCACUUACGUGCCGCUGAAGGCCAGCAUGUACACGCUGCUCCUGAAGUACGGGGGAAAGGCUGUUCCUAACUUCCCUGCCAAGGUGGCAGUGGAUCCUGCUGUUGACACCAGCAAGGUGAAGGUCUUCGGACCAGGACUGGCAGUAGAUGGUGUUUUCAGGGAGGCCACCACUGACUUCACUGUGGAUGCCCGGUCCUUAACCAGAAAGGGAGGGAAACACAUUAAGACCCAUGUUAAGAAUCCAUCAGGUGCUGCCACAGACUGUCUUCUCACUGACCAAGGCGAUGGCACCUACAAAGUGGAGUACACACCCUUUGAGAAUGGUGUUCAUAUAGUGGAGGUGCUGUUUGAUGAGACUCCUGUUCCCAAGAGCCCUUUCCAGGUACCUGUGGGUGAAGGCUGUGAUCCCACUAGAGUUCUGGCUGAAGGCCCUGGGCUGGAGGAAGCUCUAACUGACAAGCCAAAUAGGUUUUCCAUCACCACAAGGGGAGCUGGCAUCGGGGGCCUAGGGAUCACUGUUGAAGGCCCAUCGGAGUCAAAGAUGUCCUGCAAAGACAACAAGGAUGGCAGCUGUAAUGUGGAGUACACUCCAUACACCCCAGGCCUAUAUGACGUCAACAUCACAUAUGGAGGACAGCACAUUCCAGGAAGCCCUUUCAAGGUGACAGUGAAAGAAGUUGUGGACACCAGUAAGGUGAAGCUCUCUGGGCCUGGUGUGGGUUCGGCUGUGCGGGCCAAGAUCCCUCAGGCUUUCACUGUGGACUGCAGCAAGGCUGGUGUAGCGCCCCUCUCUGUGGCUGUGACUGGCCCUAAAGGUAUGGCUGAGACAGUUGAUGUAAGAGACAAUGGAGACGGAACAUACAAUGUAGCCUACACGCCCUCCAUGGAGGGCCCUUACUCUGUGAUUGUCAAAUAUGCCGAAGAGGAGAUCCCUUGCAGCCCUUUUAAGCUUCGUGUCCUACCCACUCAUGAUGCCAGUAAGGUACGUGCCAGCGGGCCUGGCCUGACCACAGGCCUGCCCGCCAGCCUGCCUGUAGAGUUCACCAUCGACACUAAGGAUGCAGGAGAGGGCCAGCUGUCAGUCCAGAUCAAGGACCAAGAUGGGAAGCCAAAGAAGGUCAACUUUCAAGAAAACCAGGAUGGGACAUACCAGGUGUCCUAUGUGCCAGAUAAGAUGGGCCGUUACACGAUUGUGAUCAAGUAUGGAGGCGAUGAAAUCCCCACCUCACCUUACAGAGUGCGGGCUACAACCACAGGCGACGCUAGCAAGUGUACGGUCACUGGUCCUGGCAUUGGGCCAACCAUUGGCAUCGGCAAGGAAGUUGGCUUUGUAGUCAACACCAAGGGAGCAGGGAAAGGAAAAGUCUCCUGCAUCAUUGUAACCCCUGACGGCACAGAGGUGGAGGCUGAUGUCAUUGAGAAUGAGGAUGGCACAUUCGACAUAUUCUACAUGGCAGCUAUGCCUGGGACAUAUCUCAUCUAUGUACGCUUUGGAGGAGAGAAUGUUCCACGGAGCCCUUUCAAAGUCAUAGCUACUGAUGAAGCUCCCCUGCUGCAACAGCAGUCAGGCCACCAGCAGCAGGAACUGGCUCCGGGCGCCGGCUUCCAACCCUGGGUGACAGAUGGUGUGUACAUACCCAUUAACAGCAUGAAUGGUGCAGGUUUCCGGCCUUUCAACAUGGUGAUUCCCUUCACCUUUGGGAAGGGUGAAAUUACAGGGGAGGUUCAUAUGCCGUCAGGCAAAACAGCCAAACCCGAGAUCACUGACAACAAGGAUGGGACUGUCGCUGUGAAGUACUCCCCUACAGAGGCAGGCCUUCAUGAGAUGCACAUCAAAUAUAAUGGCACCCACAUACCGGAGAGCCCUCUGCAGUUCUAUGUCAACAACGCUAACAGCCCUAAUGUGUCAGCCUAUGGCCCAGGCCUUGUGUACGGUGUUGCCAACAAACCAGCCACAUUUACUAUCUACACAGAAGAUGCUGCAGAAGGUGGCCUUGACUUGGCCAUUGAAGGCCCAUCGAAGGCAGAGAUAAGUUGCAUUGACAAUGAGGAUGGCACUUGCACGGUCACAUAUCUGCCCACUCUGCCGGGAGAUUACAACAUCCUGGUUCGUUACAAUGACGAGCACAUAGCUGGCAGUCCCUUUACAGCUAGGAUGACAGAGGACAAGAGGCGGUCUCAGGUGAAGCUGGGAUCAGCCGCUGACUUCUCCCUGGACAUCACUGAGACAGACCUCAGUCUGCUCACAGCCAGCAUCAAAGCCCCAUCAGGCCGUGAUGAGCCGUGUCUGCUCAAGAGGCAGCCCAACAAUCACGUUGGUAUUUCUUUCAUACCCCGAGAGGUUGGUCAGCACUUGGUCAGUAUAAAGAAGAAUGGUUACCAUGUGGCAAACAGCCCCAUCUCCAUCAUGGUGGUACAGUCUGAGAUUGGAGAUGCCAGCAGGGUAAAGGUGUUUGGACAAGGACUGGUUGAAGGACACACGUUUGAGAUGUCUGACUUUGUAGUGGACACAAGAGAUGCUGGUUAUGGAGGACUGGCGCUGUCCAUCGAGGGCCCAAGUAAAGUGGACAUCCAGACUGAGGACAUUGAGGAUGGGACCUGUGGUGUCUCCUUUUGUCCCACUGAGCCGGGGACAUACAUAGUGUCCAUCAGGUUUGCUGAAGAACAUGUUCCUGGGAGUCCAUUCAAUGUUAAAGUAACAGGAGAAGGACGCAUCCGUGAGAGCAUCACCCACCGCCAGAAAGCUGCCUCCAUUGCUACAGUCGGUAGUGUUUGUGACCUAAACUUAAAGAUCCCAGAGAUCGAUGUCCACGACGUGUCUGCACAGGUCACUAGCCCGGCAGGUACCACCGAGCCAGCGGAGAUCAUCUCAGUGGGCAGCCACACGUACUGCGUCCGCUUUGUGCCACAUGAGAUGGGUGUGCAUACAGUUAGCGUGAGGUACCGUGGACAGCAUGUUCCAGGAAGUCCCUUCCAGUUCACUGUGGGGCCACUGGGAGAAGGGGGAGCCCACAAAGUAAGAGCAGGUGGUCCAGGCUUGGAAAGAGCAGAGACAGGCAUUCCAGCUGAGUUUAGUAUCUGGACACGUGAAGCAGGUGCUGGAGGUCUGUCCAUCGCUAUGGAGGGCCCCAGUCGUGCAGAAAUCUCCUUCGAGGACAGAAAGGACGGCACCUGUGGCGUCUCCUAUGUGAUUCAGGAACCUGGUGACUACGAGGUGUCCGUGAAGUUCAAUGAUGAGCACAUCCCAGACAGCCCCUACCUGGUGCCUGCGCGGACCCCCGCAGAUGAUGCCCACCGUCUUACUGUUACCAGCCUUCAGGAAUCAGGCCUCAAGGUGAACCAACCUGCUUCAUUUGCCGUAUGCCUGAAUGGUGCUCAGGGCACUAUUGCUGCCAAAGUGCACAGUCCAUCUGGAACCCUCGAGGAGUGUGUUGUUUCAGAGUUGGAACAAGGCAAAUAUGCGAUUCGCUUCAUCCCAUGUGAAAAUGGCAUCCACACCAUUGAUGUAAAGUUCAACGAUUCCCACAUCCCUGGUAGCCCAUUCCAGGUGAGAGUAGGGGAACCAGGACAGUGUGGAGAUGUCGGACUUGUCACAGCCUAUGGCACCGGUUUGGAGAGAGGAACCACAGGCAACCAGGCAGAGUUUAUCAUCAAUACAACCAAAGCAGGACCAGGCACUCUGGCUGUGAGCAUUGAGGGGUCCUCAAAGGUGAAGAUGGACUGCCAGGAGUGCACCGAGGGCUUUAACGUGCAGUAUACCCCCAUGGCCCCUGGGAACUACUUGAUCAUCAUCAAAUAUGGGGGCCCCAACCACAUUACUGGCAGUCCCUUCAAAGCCAAAGUCACAGGUCCACAGCUUGUGAACAUGACUAACAACAAUGAGACAUCUACUCUGAUGGUUGAUCCUGUGGCCAGAGCCAGCUGCACAAGCUCCUAUAUUGCCCUCCCCAAGCCUGCUUCUGAUGCCAGCAGGGUGACCAGUCGAGGCCCAGGCCUUAACAAGGCCUAUGUAGGCCAGAAAGCAAGUUUUUCUGUCGACUCUAGCAAAGCAGGGAAGAACAUGCUUCUGGUGGGAGUUCAUGGACCACACGCCCCUUGUGAGGAGAUCAUGGUGAAGCACAUGGGCAACAUGCAGUACAACGUCAGCUAUGUCCUGAAGGAGCAUGGCAGCUACACACUGGUGGUGAAGUGGGGUGAGGACCACAUCCCAGGGUCACCCUUCCAUGUCACUGUUCCUUAAGUCCUUAAAGUGAAAAGACCAACUUUCAGGGAGAGACUUUUGGGAGAUGGAAGGAAUACAAGAAGCCAAAUCAUUCUAAUACUUUAUUAAUCCCAAUAUGGUUAAUGACCAAGUUUGCACUUAGUUUGUAUUUUAUAUGCAUGGAAUUGUGCUGACUUGUGCUCAAAAUGGAAAAUCCUUUUUGUUGGUUGUUUCUCACCAUUCUCUAAGAAGUCUGAUGUUUUUCUCUCUGGUUCUGAGCUCAAGGGGGCACAAAAGAUUUUAUCCGAGAUGAGUGUCAGUUGAAGAUGGGAAUGCUGCAUUCCUUUUAGAUAACCUUUACUACUGAUACUGUUGCCUGUUUUGAUGCCUGUUUUCAGCCUGUUUUAAUGCACACAGUUGCUGUUGUUUCUGAUGCUCUGAACUGCUGCUCAACCUGGACUACUGCAUGUUUACAUGCUCAUGACUCAAAUGGGGUUCUGCAGUAGCAGGCAUUCAGUUACUCAGAUUAUCUUUUGAAACCCUUAGGAUUUUCACCUGUUGUAUCUGCUGUUGACUCUGCUGGUGAUUGGACAUGACCUGUCCCAAAUGUUUGGAAGCAUAUGGCAAAAUUAAUAGACAAACAAGUGAACUGCUUGUUAAUCUGAUGAGGUUUCUUGUAAUGUGGUGGGGAGACAGGAUUUUGGUAUGAUACUGGAGCUCACUCUAUGCUAACUCUUAAUGAUUCAUGCGUUGCAAUGUUUAUUAAAUGCUAUUUCUUUAUUGAAUCAAUUUGUCUAGCAUUUAUGUCAAUGUAUUUUUAUUUGAAUCUUGCUUUUGUUGUAUCCGAGUACUGUUUCAUCUCUAUGCUUCAAAGCAGUUAGCGGCAGAUUAUGUAUACUGGCAUUCAUGUUUGUCUUGUUUUGGUAAAAUAUUUUAAAAGCAGGAGGGGUUGCUACUAUUUGCCUUUUGUAUUAGCCCUGGGUGCCUUAAUGUGAAAUGCAGUUAGAGAUAUGUACAUUUGGUAAUUGAAAAACUGGAAUAAACAGAUGAAAUUACACUGUCUUGCAAAAUUGACCUAAUAUAUUUACUCUCAUAUAGCAGGGAUUUGAAGAUUUGAGAUUAAUUGGUCUAUGGUGUUAAACACUGGUCCUGUAUUCAUAGGCUACCAGUGAACAAUACUUGGGUGACUGUGCCUCAUCAUUCCCAUGUGAUUAAAUGUAGGUUCCCUGUUGCUGUAAAUAAAGUGACACUGACAUUUUCAGACUUCUAAGGGAAUGUGUUCCAGAUUGCAGUAACAGCAAAUUUUCAGAUCAGCAUGCAUGCAUCUUCAAAUCUACAAAGAUAAUUGUCAUUAAUCUUCAGCUUUACUGUUUAGUCAGAAGGAACACAGGGCAGGGUAAGUGAUGUGAUUGUGACCAGUCACUUAGCUUGCUAUAUAGUUGUGCCAUACUGUGCAAGGCCAAGUAUAGAAGUCUUUGUUUAACUUGUGCCAUGUCAGCACGUAAUGAGCCUAUUUUGCUGCAGUAUCAUCUGUACAGAUGGAUUUAAAGUUGAGACUGACUUGAAUGGAACAUUUUGUAUUGGAUAUGGCAGUUUCAGCCAGAGUAGAAUGCCACCCCAUCCCUUCGAAUAUUUUCCUCUCAAGGUUUCUUCCUCAUGCUCUAAGGAGUUUUCCUUGCCACUGUCACCCUUGUCUUGCUCACGGGGGGGC